AUGGCCCGAGUUCGAGCUGGCCCUGGCUGGGCCCAAGGCAAUGGCACACACGAUGCCUACGCCUAUGCGGAUUGGGAUGGCUGGGACGAAGGCUGGGAAGAGUGGGAAGAAGGCUGGAAAGAAGAUGCCUGGUGGACCUACCAGGAGCCAAGGGCGCCGGCGCGAGUGCGCCGCGUGCUGCCCCCGUCCGGUCCAGCCUGGGUCUCUCAGAGUUCCUCGGAGUUGGCGCCCAAAGCCCUGAGUAAGGGCCUGGGCAAGGGCAAGGCCAACGGAGCGCUUCAGACGCCGCCAGGCUUGGAGGUCUCUUACGGCAAGAGCCGGCCGGACCGGGGCAAGGAAGGGAAGGAGAAAGGAAAGGCCGGAGGGAAGGCCUCAGGGAAGGCCUCAGGGAAGGGCCUCAAAGGAAAGAAGGAGGGCCCCGAAAGGGCCACAGGAGGGACGCUGAGGAUAUCCAGGCAAACGCCUGAGGGCUACAACGGCCAAGAGAAGGGUCGCAUGAAGGGCCGUGAGAAGGGCAAAGCAGCGAAAGGAGUCGAUUCUGGGCUUGGUCUUUCCCAUGACUUCACCCGGCCGCCCCGUGUGUCCCUGGAGGGCGCGAUUGGCAGCCGAAGCGUGGCGCCGCCGGCGCCAGCUCCGGCGAGAAACCGAGCUGCGGGAGGUGCCCGAGUCGUUGGGCUUCCUAUCGGUGCCAAGCCACAGGACUAUGUGCGGUCUGCUUCCAAUGCAG